GAGCGAAAAGCUUUUUUGCGAUUGACUCAAAACAAAGCUGCUGCUUUCGUGGGCAGCGGAAAAUCUGCUUCCGCAUGACGUCGGCGUCGGCAGCGCAGCUCCCGCCAAGCGUGGCGGCAGCGACGUCGACGUCGGCGAACUUUGCCAGGCGGCGCGAAAGAAAGUAAACAGGCGGAAUGCGCAAAAAAAAUCAAGCGAAUGCGGAGAAAGAGAGUGAGAGAGAGUGGGGAAGAGCAAGACGGGACGAGUGGGCUUUCAGGCUUUCGGUUUCAAGUUUGGCUUUUAUUUUGUUCUUUCUUUUUUUGUACUUCGCUGCUGCUUCCCCAGCUUUUCACUCGGUUGCUCUGGCUUUUAUCCCACUUCUCCGCUUCUCUGCAUUUCUCUGCUGCUGUGCUCCUCUGCUUCUCUGCUCAGCUGCGAAGCUGCGUUUCAUCGCGCUGGCGACGCGCGCGUUCACUCGACGUUCGCAGUCCGGCGGCACCGGUUCGGUUGACGGCUCUUUACCAAAAACCUAAAACAACAUAAAAACCAAAUCACAUAAAUAUAUAGCCAACCAUCCAAUUCCGAAAACUCAGAAAUCCCCACUCACCAACAAUACGAAAAGCCGCCGAAAAGCGAAAAAAGAAGAAAAAGCCAUAAAAUAAUACGUAUACGACGCGUGUCUUCGUCUUUAGCACGGCGCUUUCGAAUUCGUGCGAACUUGUGAACUUUCGUUUCCUUCAUCCAAUUCCGAAUUCCAACCACCCAAGCUUUUCGUUUGGCGAGGAUCGAUCCUCUAGGAGCAGCCCCCCCCAUCUUGGAUUAAAAUGUAUUGUGCAGUGCUCGAAAUUUGUUGAUCUCCCGAAUAUAAGAAAUUUGUGAUCAAAAGAUCGUAAAGUGAAAUUCCUGAAAGGAAUAUACAAGUUUAUGUAUAACACAUAGAUAUAUCGAAUAUAUAAAAUUUAAUAUUUGGAAUAAACCAAAGCCAACCGCCAGUGCAGCAGCAGCAGCAACAUGUUUGUGCCACACAUGGCCAGCUAAGUGAUACAUGCAGUAAAUAACAUUGAAUUGAGCCGGGAGUGAAACCAAUUGUGAUCUCAGCAAUGAGAAUGGACUAUCAAAUGCCACCGCCAGCACUGGCGCUACAGCAGCAGCAGCAGCAACAUGGCAUGCAGCAUCAGCAACAGCAGCUGCAACUGCUGCAGAAUGUGCAACAGCAGCAGCAGCAACAGCAGCAGCAGCAACACCAGCAGCAACAGUUGCUCGGCAACAUGUCGCAGACGGCGGCCUUGCCACCGCUGAGCAGCUUGCCACUGCAAGUGGUGCACAAUCUGCCGCACUUGUUGGCCGGCAACAGUGGCGGCAACAAUGCCAACAACAGCAACACCAGCAACUCGAAUCUCAAUGUGGCCUGCAACAACAAUCUGCUGCGCGGCAACAUGCAACACCAGCAGCAGCAACAGCAACAACAGCUUCUCAACAAUCUGAGCAAUGGAAACAAUGUGGCAAGUGGAACGCUGCCGCCGCCCACGCAACUGCUGCAACAUCAUCUGCAACAUCUGGCGCAUGUGAAUGUGAAUGCAGCAGCUGCUGUGGUCGCUGUGGCUGCCAACAACCUGCAACAGCAACAGCAACAGCAGCAACAUGCCAGCAGCAACAACGUCACGGGCGGCAGUCCCGGCAGCAACAGCAAUAAUAAUAACAAUAACAUACUCAAUCACAACAAUCUCAAUAUAAUUAUCAAUAACCAUGCCUCCCUCAACAACAACAACAACAGCAAUAAUAAUAAUAAUAACAACAACAAUCCAGCCACACCAAAUGCCAAUCUGGCGGCCAGCAACAAUGCCACGCCCACAGUAAACACCGCCUCUGCGGUGGCGCAACAACAGCAGGCGCACGAGAAUAGUUUGGUCAACAGCCUGGUGGGUGUAAUCAACAACAGCAACAACAACAACACAAACAACAACAACAAUAAUAAUACAAACAGCAAUAGCAACAAUAAUAAUAACAAUGCAGUUGGUGGCGAUGACAACAAUCGAUGGACACAAUUCCAGGUGCAACAAUUGUGGAAGCAACACGCCAACUACUUGAACGGCAGGAAAUCUCCAUUUUUGGGUUUCAUUUGCAAAUCAAACGGCAAAUCCACAUCGAAUAGCAAAGAAAUCAUCUGCCCAGAUGACAAAUACAAGGAGGAGGGCGACAUCUGGAAUGUUGAGGCGCAAACAGCGUUUCUCGGCCCAAAUCUGUGGGACAAGACCCUGCCCUAUGAUGCCGACCUCAAGGUAACACAAUAUGCCGACCUAGACGAGUUCCUGUCGGAGAACAACAUACCUGAUGGCCUGCCCGGCACGCAUCUGGGCCACUCCAGUGGUCUGGGCCACCGGUCCGAUUCCCUGGGCCACGCAGCGGGUCUGUCUCUUGGUCUUGGCCACAUAACCACAAAGCGAGAGCGGUCGCCCUCGCCAUCCGACUGCAUCAGUCCGGACACGCUAAAUCCGCCAUCGCCGGCCGAGUCAACAUUUUCGUUCGCCUCCUCGGGCCGUGACUUUGAUCCGCGAACCAGAGCCUUCUCCGACGAGGAGCUCAAGCCGCAGCCGAUGAUCAAAAAGUCACGCAAGCAAUUCGUUCCAGAUGAGCUCAAGGACGACAAGUACUGGGCACGUCGCCGGAAGAACAACAUUGCCGCCAAGCGCUCCCGCGAUGCCCGGCGCCAGAAGGAGAACCAGAUUGCGAUGCGGGCACGCUACUUGGAGAAGGAAAAUGCAACAUUACAUCAGGAGGUGGAGCAGUUGAAACAGGAGAACAUGGACUUGCGUGCACGUCUAUCGAAAUUCCAAGAUGUGUAAUGAUAAAUACAAUUUUGUGACUUGGCCUGAGGACACCACAACAAUUAAAUAAUAAUAACUAUUGAUAAAAUAACAAUAAUCAUAACUAUGAUAAAACUACUAAUAAUGUUUAGUACAGCAGACAUGAAACCUACACUAUAAAGUACAUAUUGUAUCUAAAUAUGUAUAUGCAAAAAUAUAAUUAGUAAGCAAACACACACCCACACAUACACAAGAACCCCUCACGGCGUCGUGCUCCGCUUUAAUAUUUAUUUUAUGCUAAAAACUAAAAGCAAAUUAACUAAACACCGAGGAGGAGAAACCGACCGAAUGGAAACUAAAAACAUUUUUUAGAGUAGCCAAAAAAGAAAGUCUCACGAGAGCAGAGCGUUGAAAAGCUCUGCAGCCGAAGCUUUUUGCCUUUAAAGUAGCAUACUUCCGAGCGCAAUGGGAAUCCUAAAAAACACAGACGUAGAAUUGUUAUCUUUUAAAUUGUUUAAUAGUUGUCUAGCCUAGUUUUACGCAAAAAAACUUCUCUUCUUCGACUUCUUUUGCUAUUGUUUUCCCCCUUUUACUUUAGUUUUUAUUAUUCUUUGUAAUUAGUUGUUCGAUUAAGUUUUUCUUAAGCUAAUAGUGAACGGAAAUCCACAAGCACACAACAAAUCAUAUUGUAAAUAAUUUCGUUGCCUUUUUUCAAAUUAACUCGAGAGAGGAAUUACCAUAAAAUGCAAAAGAAAACAUGUAUAAAAAAUUGCAAAAUGAAAACCCAAAAAAAAAAGAGAAAAUUAAAGGAACGCUAAGAGAAAACCAUUUAGAGAUGAGCAAAGAACUUCCCUCCUCAGUUGCCGGGCACUUGGCAGCUGUUUAGUUUAAGUGAGCUAUGAUUUUUAUAAAAACCUAAUGAAAAAAUAUCAGAAAACCCCAAAAAAAAAUUAAAAACAUACGGACAGAGACAGACGGUGGACAGACAGAAAUGAAAAACUAGAAGUGAAAUAGUUUUCGUUGUUGAUUUCUUGAUACUAAAAUAACCAACCCAAAACUAACCCAGACAUAGUCAGCUGGUUAAAGCGAGAGAACUAGUUUUCUUACUUCCUACUAAGAACUACAUACACACAGACCAUCCACGAAAAACCCUUCAUACCAUGCUAUCACUCUACAAAUUUUCACAUUUUUCCUUUUAGUUGUAAACAUUUUAUUCGUUUAACUUUUAUUACAAGAAAAACUAUUUCUUUUGGUGUGAUUUGCAAGAUCUUAAACAAACAAUUUAAAAACAAAACAUUUUUACAUAAUACCAUACAAUUAUGUUACUUUAAACAACAACUAUUUUCGUUAGUUAAGUUUAUUAAUUAUUAUUAUUUGUUAUACAUUUGAGUUACAUUUACCUGCAUACAAUUAUAUAGAAAUUUAAGAAAAUAUAUGAAACCGGAAAAAAACUUACCGACCGAGAGCAAAAUUUAUAUUUUAUAUUCAGCAAACAAUAUGGAAGCUAUAAACAAAAGCGUAGAGAGAUAAAUAAGUCCAUUAAGCACUCCUUCUAAACAAAUUUCAAUAAGUUUUAUUUAUUCUAUGGAAAAAUGUGCAAAACCAACAAAAAACUGAAAGAAGAACCACAAAAGUAAAGAUCGAAAAAGGAGAAUGAGCGUAACGAAAAAGUGAGAAAGCAAAAAACGAUUUGUGUGUAAUAAUAAAAGUCUAAGCGUUGCUUUUAACUAUUGAAAACUCGUUUAUUUUCUAUCUAUCCACCCACAACACCCCCCACAGAUGCCCAUCCCCUCGCCACAUAGCUCAUCGUAGUAAAUAUAUAAUGAAAACCAUACAUGGAUCUCAAGACAGAGUUAAAGAAAUAAACCUAAAGCCGUAACCGAAAUCGAAACUAACCCUAACGAUAGACGCAAUAACUACAAAGAUUAUAUAGUAAUCAGUAAUAUAGCAAUAUAGAUAUUUAGCCAAUCCCUGUUUUUUUAUGUUUAUUAAAACGAAUCCCAAAAAAUCUAAAAUCUAACCCUGAAGCCUUUUGCACUGCUAUGAGACCACCUAGAGAAAACAACCACAAAAUAACUUUAAAAUUGAAUAAAGAAUCCCACAAUUAACCUAAUGGAAAAAAAAAAACAUAUGAAAAAAGUUGGGUGUCAUUUUGCAAAAUGAAAUUUUUUGAGCUUCGGUUGUUGAAUGAAUUCACACAAGUAUAUACGAUAAACUUAACACUUAUGGAUAACUCAAAUAGCGGACUAUACGACUAAGCAGAUUCAAGCAAUUGCUACAUAUUUGUACAACAAACCAGAAGUAAAGCAAAAAUCAUGUUAUAUUUAUAUAAAAAUAUUUAUACCUAAGUAAUAUAAAUUGCGCGUAGAGGUGAAAACAUAUUAAGGCGAUAUUUUGCUUAUUUCAUUUGCCAGGCCAUCAAUUGAACGAGCAGUAGACCUCCCCUCACACAACUUUGGUUAAGCGUAGUUUUGUAUAUUUUUAACAACUAUUGUUUUCCGUAGUUUGUAGAUGAAUUUUUGUAGACAAUUUUUUGGUUUAUGUAGAGAAUUGUUGAAUAAAAAACCAAACAGAAUAAAAACUCUUAACUGAACUAAGAUAUUUGAAAAUUAGUUUGGCUGACACACAAACAUACACACCCCACACACACUCACGCAUCCAAAAAGGGGAGGAUGCGAAUUCUAUAGUCUACUUUCGGGCGCGGAUUUAGCCAGGCCAAAAGAAAGCAAACUUUUCAAGGGCAAAUAGUAUUUGUUGAAAGUUUAGGCAACAGGUUUGUGUAGACGUUUAAAUAUUUUCUCUUGAGUUUGAGUAAAAAGAAAACCCAGAUUUUCGAAUAAGAAUGUUCCGUAACAAAAUGUAGACUUUGUAGCAACAACAAAAGACGAUAAAACUGAAAAGUAUGAAACGUUUAAUUAUAAAAAUUGAAAAACUAACGAAAUUAUGUUAAAUAUACAAUAAGCAUUAAUAUAUAUUUAUUAUAUACAACAAGAAUUAGUUAAAUGAAUUACGCAUGCUGCAAGGAAAAACAAACAAACAAGCGAAUAACUUUUGUAGAUAAAUUCGUAGUUGAUGAUUUUUAUAUCUAUCUUAUACAGAUAUUAGUUGUAUGCAUAUAGUACACUCAACUACAUAGCAAACGGGCAAGGGAAGGCGAUCGUUAGGCAGGGUUAAAAAUAGUAACUAAAGACACAAAUUGUUGCAGUGCAAAGCAGAAAACAAACAAAAACGAGAAAUUAGCAAAGCGAUAACUUAAGUAAGUAAGUAACGGGCAAGAGCUGAGUGUUUUUAGUGAGUAAGAGUUUAAAAAAAUGGGAGCGUAGCGGAAACGGAAGUGGCGGCGCGAAUCGAAUGGCAAUGCGAAACAUAUUAAAUGCUAAUAUAUACAUAAUAUUAUACACAUAUACAUAACUUAUAUACAUAUAUAUACAUAAAAAUAUAUUCUUACAUAUUAUUAAAGACGAAAAUGUUGUUGAAUUUUAAAAUCAAUAAAAAGCCCCCGAAAAAAUCCACAAAUAAAAAUAUUUAAAUGUAGUAAGAUAAAAAAAAGAUGAAACAAAAAAAACAAAAAUUGUUAGUUGUUGCAAAAAAUCAAGCUAAAUUAAUUAAAUAAAACCAAAAACUAAAAAAGACCUUAAAGCGUUUUAGAGCCUUUACUUAUAUUUUGAGAAUUUUGCAAAAUGAAACGAAAUGCAAAUAAUUUUAUAUGUGAAAAGCGUAAAAAGCUGAAGGUAAAUUCAUAAAUAACACAAGGCUACCAUAGCUUAAGUUGAGGACGAAAACGAAAGCUAGAUCAAAGCAUAACUUAAAGCCUAAGAAAGGGCAAGAAAACUUCAUUUGGUACUCAAAACACUUAGUAAAAGAUCAGCUUAAGGCAUUAGAGCAAUGCUAAAAGAAAUCCACAAGAAACUCAGCCUAAUUGUUGUUGGCAGCAUGCAAAACACAAAAUGAAUACGAAUGAAAACCAAAUUUAAGCUAAAACGUAAAGAUGAAAGCCUAAGCAAGGACACUAACAUGUACCUAGAUAUAUAUACAAAACCAAAAUAAAUCUAAAAAAAAAAAAAACAAAAGAGAAAA